ACCAGCUGCGGCAUCACCAUCCACUGUGGUGGGCCGGCAGCAUGAGAACGCCGAGAAAUCUAUUCGAGACCAUCUCUCAGUACCUAGAUCGGACACCAUGCCCUCCCGCUCCGUGCCUCUAUCCGCAUGUGCCCCGCCAUACAUGUGGAGCCGGACAGGUACCUAUUCCUCAAAGCGCAUUGCAUAUGUACUCCUGUAUACCCUUGAUCACCCUUUGCGUUUUCUCUUUAUGCCCUAAAAAUAGUUAUAGUCCCCGCCGAGUGCAGGGACCGGUCAUUACAUAUCGAUUAUGUCGAGUCUCCCUAGUGUUGGAGACAUCCUUAUGUUAUCGCAACUUGCUUGGCGUAUAGGGAGGGCAUUUGUGGCUGGAAGCGAGGCAGCACCGCAAGGAUUCAUCGAAAUUGAAAAACAGGUCUCUCAUCUGUCAAAAUCAUUGAAAUUCUUUGCUGAGGCUCUCUUUUCCAAUCCGGACAACAAUAUACUCAACUACGCCUCGGCGGACACUAAGGAUGGUGUUAGGAAGCUUCUCUCAUCCAUACAGCAGACACUCCAAGAUCUCGACAGUCUCAUCUUUGAACAUCAAAGUACCGUCAAGAAAAGUACUGAGGGGGGUUGGACAGUAGUGCGAACAUGGAGUCCUAUGGUCCUAGCAAACUACAAGUAUAUGAUGUGGACAUCUGAAGGUGGCUCUCUCGAAUCGUUGAGGGACCUUCUACAAAUGCAUACGAACACUCUCAAGCUGACCACACAUGCUGUACAGAGUAAUUCUCUCUCGAAUCUAGAAGAAGCAGUACGUAGUAUAUCUGAGAAGGUUCGCCGAAGGCACCGCGAAUCAGCUACAGAUUUCGAUGAGAGAAUACAUGAGGUUAGCCGCUCCAUACAUGCAGCAGUUAAUGGUCUUCCGAAUACAUCGAUGGACAACUCAGAGAUAGACUCCGCGUCGCCAUGUUUUCCGGCAGAGCUGGAAGACCUUUUGCCACCCCCGCCGCCUCUCAAAAGCUCCAGACGUGGACUGUCCGCCCCGACAGCGGGUCAAUCAGAACUACAAGCUUCGUCAGUGGGAGAUCUAAGCGCACCCUCACGACCUUCGAGUCACACGAGUGGCUCCAGCUCGGGCAAGUUUGAUCCGAGAUGGAGCGCUCUAAGCGGGAUGAACUCACGUCCUCUGUCGCUGAGUCGUGCCAGUAUGGGUCGGGAAACGUCCAUAAGAAGCCAAAUGUCAUAUCAAUCAGGCGACUUUCCUUGCGCAAUGGGUAGUAUGAGUCCUGUAGAACCCACGCCACCCCAUCUCAUGGCAACCGAUCGACACAGCAGUAUAGUGUCAAUAGAACCUCUGCCUCCUUCAAUGGUUAUGGAGAUUGAUUCGCACUCGUCUCUGAAUAGAAGAAUGGAUACACUCCCCGUAAGUCAGCCUCGAAUUUCUACCAAAUCUAUCCGACUCGCGAAUGCUGUCGCGACGGAAAGACAGAUGGACAACUUCCAGGCUGAUGCCUUCAAAAACUCUGCAAUACUCUGUGACGUACGAGGUACUGCGGUCGAAUGGACUCGUUCAGUGCCUAUCGAUCCGGAAGAAUACAAUCCAUCUAAUCCAUACGGAGUCGAGUUAGUACAGGCCAUGGAGUCAUGCCGCUUGUGUAUUGUCAAAAAGCGCGAAGUCUUACCCCAAGGAGAGACCCAUAUUGCAACGAGCAUAUGGGCUUUCAGUGACGAUGGAGCCAUGCGGAUGCAGCAAAAGCUCCAAGACCAUACACAAUACAUACCAUACUCCUCAUAUUUUUCCUCGGAGAAGAUCUCACUGUCGGUACCUAGCGAGCUCAAGUUCCACGACGUCGUCUACGGCUCACGGCCGCUCCAAGUCUCAAGCACGAAUUGGAUCAACUACGUAAUUGAAGACGCACAAGCUGCCGCAUCCUUCCAAAACGAGCUCAUGUCAAGCACGCUCAUUGCGCAAUUCAAAACUGAGAAGACUCUUCGCCUUCACGAAGGUAUCACCAGCGUCCUCACCUACCAAGAGCAAAUGUGCGGCAUGGAAAACCUGCGGGUAUGGGAAGACGAAGUGACAAAAGGCAUCUUCGCUAUGAUACACUUCUCGGCACAGUUCAGGCCUGGUUAUUUCGCAUUCUGGCUCAACAGUUCACAGAAUUCGAUCCGUGUGAAAGACGAUGGCGGCUGUCAGGUGAAAGUCAAGGGCUUGCGGAUACCGCACGGCAUAGAUGUUAAAGGAAAAGGAAAGGCAUCAGAUACGCUGCCUGAACCAAAUCAGACAGCGAAUGGUGGGAGGAGAGGCAGUGAGCACAAGCGAUUUGUGACGGGCGCGAGGAUUGAGUUCUCGAGCGAGGUGGAAAAGUAUGCGUUCCUGGAUUUGGUGAAGCAAGUUCAGCAGACGAUGAUCAUGCUGCCAGAUCUAAUGUAG